AUGGAUCUUUCACUUGGUAAGGCUAUCUUUGGAAAUUUAGAAAAUCUCGAAACAAAAGUUGACAAGGAUGAAGGAUCAGCUGAACCAGAAGAGGGAAACAUAUCACUCGCAGGUAUGACUCUCAAAGAUAAGUUCAAUCUCGGUCAAGGAACACCAGAGCAACAAAAUCAGCCAGAAAAAGAAAAUUCGGACAAAAGUGAGCAUGAAAAUACCGAAACAAAAGAGCAAGAAACAGAAGCUCAAAGUAACGGCGAAGAUUUUGUUUCAGACUCUCAUAGCAAAGCAUCAUCUCCUGAAAAAGAGAAAGAACCCGAAGCAACUGAUGAUUUUACGUCAGAAUCACAAAGCAAAAAUUCACAAAGUAAAAAAAUAUCAAAUCAAAACAGCACAAGUUCAUUUAAAUCUUCUGCUAAGAAAUCAUCAUCUAGUAGUAGUUCCUCUUCUUCGUCGUCUAGUGAUGAUGAGAAAGAAUUAAAAGAAAUCGAAAAUAAAACAUUUCAUACAGAAUCAAGCAAAGCACUUGUCGAUGAUAAGAAUAAUACUGAAAGCGAGCAAAGUGACCCAGAAUUAAACAAAACUACUAAAGAACUGGUGGAAAAUAUUAAAAAUCAAAUUAUCAAUGAAGUUCAAACGCAAAAUCAGAAUGCUAAUGAGCAAAGCAACAAUGAAAACGAAAAAUCUACAGAAGAAAAAGAGAAAGAGAAGAAAAGCAGCAGUUCUUCCUCAAGUUCUGACAGUGAAUCCGAUAAAGAAAAAGAACAAGAACAAAAACCAGAAGAGAAAGAGCUAGAACCAGAGGAAAAAGACCUGCCGCAAGACGAGCCAGAAAAUAAUGAUGAUCAAAAAGAAAAUGAAGAUGAAGAACAGACUUCUGUUCCAAUUCUUAAGUUCCAGAAGCGUUACACAGAUUCAGAACUUGAUUCAGCCCUAGAAAACUUCAUGAAAACAGGAAAUUUGCCUCCUCCAGAAAUGUAUAAUCCGAUUUUACAACAUAUCUCACAUGUUAGAGUAGAUGCAAUUGUACAAGCAGACUACGAACGUGGUGAGAAGAUGAAUGAGGCCCAAAGGAAGUUCAAAGCAGCAAUUAAAAAGAAACAAUCUUUUGAUGAUGCAGCAAAUGAAGAAAGAAACACAGAUGAUCGCCUUGUAGAAGCAAAACAAGAACUAGAAGAUGCCAAACAAGAGAAAGUUCAAGCUCUUGAGAAGAUAGAAAAGCAUCAAAAGAAGAAAGAAGAAGAAUUAAUUGCAAUUCAAAACGCCCAACUUGAUGAAUUCGAAAAAUUCUGGGAAGAUCCUUCUUCUUUCCAUCAAUACAACAAACCAUCAAUAACAUUGUUAAACUUAAGAAGACAAGAAAAGAAUUACGCGUUGAGUGGUGAUUUCGAGAACGCAAAACUUACAAAGAAAAAAGCAGACAGAUUAGAAAAAGAAGAAACAGAAAGAGCUCAGGAAAAAGCAACAUUAGGUAUGAAAGCUCAGCUCAGACAAUUGGAACAAAGACAUGCAAGAGAAAUGGAAGGACUUCAGAGAUUAGGACACAAACUCACUUUGGCCGCAACAAUGAGAUUGGACGCAAAUAUUUUACCUCUGGAAAUGGCUGUCAAGAAAUUGGAAAGAAUGAAAAGUGAACCACAAAGUGCAAGAAGAUCUUCGACAUCAUUAUCUAGAUCAUUGAAGAUAUCGCCAAGAGGAAUGGAUGAUGAUAAACCAGCUUUGCAAACACCGAGAACAAUGAGAAAACUUGCAAAUAUUAGAUCUCAAUCAAGGCCAAAUACUUUGGAACUGAAAGGUGUUGAAGCUUCGAAAUAUAUUAAGAAAAGAAAGAUAACUGUGAAGAAAGCGGAAAAGAAGAAACCUGAUACUUCAUUCUGA